AUGGUCCUUACUCCUCCUCCGCCGCCCCCGCCGGCCCCGUCGCAGCAAUCUGUGCACAAGUCCAACGGUGUGGGUGCCUCUUCGUCAACAUCCUCUUCGGCCAUCAACGGCGCAUCAGAGUCGCACCAAGUCGGGCAACGGCAGGCAAUGCGGUCUCGCACACGUACACGUCAGGCAGGUCCCAGUGCUGCCCGACCGGGGAUGCCGCGCUACAGCAGCGAGGACCACCCGCUGAGUCCACAUAAGCUUGCUGAGCGCGGCUACCACACCUUCACCUGCCUUGGCGUCCCCUUCCACGUCCACAAGCGCUACACUUUUCUCCGCGAGUUGGGCAUUGGUGCUUACGGCUGCGUCGCCCUGGCCAGGGACGAGAUCCUGGGCUGCAAUGUUGCCAUCAAGAAGGUGACACGAGUCUUUGAGAAGGAUGUCCUCGCCAGGCGCGCACUCCGAGAGGUGGCCGUGCUGCGUCACAUUGGUCUUUGCGACAACGUCACCGCGCUCCUCGAUUUUGACACAGCCUUUAUCGACUUCAACGAGAUCUACCUCAUGCUCGAGGCCAGCGAGGCCGACCUGUCGCAGAUCAUUCGAUCCGGCCAGGCCCUCUCGGAUGCCCACUUGCAGUACUUCAUCGCCCAGAUUCUGCGGGGGACCCGGUAUAUGCACUCGGCAAACAUCAUCCACCGCGACCUCAAGCCAGGGAAUCUCCUGGUCAAUGCCGACUGCCAGCUCAAACUGUGCGACUUUGGUCUCGCUCGUGCGUUUGCAGACCGUCCCUCGGCUACUUCGCCAAUCUUGGCCAAUGUUUCCUCGUCACCUGGACAAGACAGUCCGAGGCAUUACGACUCGAUGCCUGAGUCGCCGGUCGGGCAGCAAGACCAGCAGCCCGACGCUCCACCCAUGCACCAACUCUCUGACCGACCCAGCCGGCUCAGAACGACGAAACUCGACUUUCCCGGUGGCCCACUGACCGAAUACGUGGCCACGCGAUGGUACCGUGCGCCAGAGAUCAUGCUCUGUUUCAAGCGCGGCUAUGGCUGCGAGAUUGACGUGUGGAGCGUGGGCUGCAUUCUCGCCGAGCUCCUCGCCGGCAAGCCCAUCUUUGCGGGCAAGGACUACGUGGACCAGAUUGCCCGCAUCAACAACGUCCUGGGCUCACCAAAGGACUCGACGAUCGCCAAGGUGGGCAGCGAGCGGGCCAAGACAUAUGUGCAAUCGCUGCCCAAGAUGCCCGCCGUGCCGCUGGCCAAGAUGUACCCCAAUGCGAAUCCAGAGGCAGUCGAUCUGCUCUCCAAGAUGCUCACCUGGGACCCCGAUGAGCGCAUCACGGCCGAUGAAGCACUUCGGCACCCAUGGCUCAAGCAGUAUCACCGGUCCAACGCCAACUGGACCCCACCGCCAUCCUUUUCCAGGUUUGCAGAGGUCGAGCUCAUCGACAGCAUCGGUGAUUUCCGUCUUGCCCUCGAGAGGGAGUCGGACGAGAUGCGGCUCGAGCUGGCCGCUCUCGAGGCCGAGGAGCGGCGAGAGUUGGAGGAGGAAGAAGCCCGCCGGAGGGCUGCCGGUUCCAACCAGGACGGAGGCGGCGAGGAGGAAGAGGAGGCAAACCACGCCACCAAUUAUUCUUCUUCGUCGGGGCACCAGUCGUCUUCGAGAGCACCAGGGCCUUCGUCAAGCCCUUCCAAUUCGCCCUAUGUUACACCCACCUCGCUGGCUACGAGCACCGACGGCUGUUCGCCAGCUUAUGAGACGGACCUGACAUCUGCGAGUGCGCCCCUGAGUGUCGCUGGCAGCUUCGCCUCCUCGUCGAGCAAGCCGCCUCAUCGCAAAGGGCCUCGUGCCGGCCUCGAGGCUCUCUCAGCAGCCAACAAGCUCCCCAACGGCAGUCAAGAACAGUCAAAGGCCCUGUAUGCUACCCUCGGCGUCAUGGCUGCCCCUGACCAGGUGGCCAACGACGAAGAGAUUCGCACCACCCGAUCCGGCUUUCGAAGGCGAGCGCUGAGCAACGCACCUUCGCGACCCGUUUCACUGCGCAAGGCAGGCAGCGCCACCGACUUGCGCUGUCUCGCCGCUAGUUCUCCUCCCUCUGCCGUGGCCUCGACACCCAAGGUUCGCCUCUCUGAUGUGAUCCGGCGGCCAAGCCUCCAACGAGAGGACUUUGACGGCGUCGUCGAUCAGACGUCGUCCCUCUUUGAGUGGCUCGACGUUGCGUCCUGGCACAAGUGGGCGAGCAAGCACUCUGGCGAUGAAGGCAGCGACCAGACCAUUGGCCGCCAUGGGGACAGCACCGCAGGCACCACGUCUGAAACCGAGGUGGGCGAGCCUCUCUGUAACUAG